AUGUUUCUAUUUACUAUGUAAAUAAAUUAUAUUAUAUUUUAGAUUAUCAUUAUAUAUUAUUGAAAUAUAAUUAAAGAUUCCAAAGAAAUAAACUGAAAAAAGAACUGAUAUUUAUAAAAGAAUAAUAUUUGUUUAAGAAGGAGCUAUUCUAAUAAUAUUUACAAUCUUAUUUGCAUAGAAAUUAUUUAAGGAUGAAAAUAAUACAUAAAGUAAUAUUUCAAUAGUAGAAAUUUUGAUAUUUUAUUUGUUGUAAUUAGGCAAAGAUCUCUUGGAAUCUGAAUAAUAUGAGAAGAUAUCAAAGGAUUUCUAUGAUAAUCUUGAUACUAGAUCAGAAGCUGUGGGAUUAGCUAUGAGUUUUGAAGCUAAUAAUAGAAAAUUGAUGAAAUUAAUUGAAAGAUAUAAAGAUAGAAAUGAUUUAAAAGAAAGAAUAGAUACAAUUACUAAAAUGAUAAAUGAAUUUAAUUAAGAUAAGUAAGAUUUCUAUUUUGAAAUAGUCGAUAAUCUGAUUGUUAAGUCAUAAAUAUAUAAGAUCAAUAUAAUCCAAUGGCUGAACCUUUGAAACUUACAAUUUACAAAUGGAUUGAAUCUCAUAGAAAUCGAUUCUUAUUUGAACCUACUUUAUAGAUUUUCCAUUUCAUUGCUUGUUCCAAUUUGUAAGUAUUAGAAAUUGCAGAACAUGAAAUUUAAUAUAUUUAGAAUCAAGAUUUUGAGGCUGUUAUUUCUUAUUUAUAAAGUUUUUACAAAGAGGCUACAAAAUACAUAUCACCUACUUUAAGUAAAGAAAGUUUCAUGUAGUAAUUCUUAUAAAAUAAGAAGAGUGUUGGAUUUAGUUAAAAUAAUGAGAUUAGAUAAAUAAAGAAAGAUUGGUAAAGUUUAAAAGAGAAGAUAUCAGAACAUGCUUCAUCAAAUAAUUUAACUAGAGAAGAUAUUUCAUAAUACAUUAAUUAAUAUGAUAUGAUGAGAUUUCUUUUAGUAAUUGGAUAAUUUAUAUUUUCUUUUUGGCAUUUCAUUUGUUUCAUACUAUUAAUCACAUAUUAUUUUUUAAAUCAUGGUUUUUUUACUACAAUAUUACCAUUAUUAGUAUUUGCUUAUGGUGCAAUUGAAGAAUAAUAACCAGAUAAAUUAAUGUGGAUAUUUCCUUUUAUUUAUUUAAAUUUUCUUUGUGCUUUAGAGAAAUUGGAUGAUCUUACUCCAUUUUUAUAAGACAAUUCUUUUUUAGUAUUUUUAUUUGGUGAAAAUUCAGUAGUCUUUUAAUUUAUAACAAUAGUAGCUAUAAUAAUAUAAGUAAAUAUUAUGAAAAAUAUUGGUCUCUAUGAGAAAUUUAUUAAUCAAUAUGAGACCAUAUAUGGUAGUAUUUUAAGACAUCUUUGUAAUGGUACUUUAAAUUUGGAAGAUGGUAUAAAGAGACCAAAAUAAUAAAAAAUAGUAAGAUCAAAAAGUUAAGAGAGAUUCUAAUGUUUAAAUACAGCAUUAUAAGCUUAACGUGUUUCAAUAUAGAUGAAUCAAACUUUUACAGUUUUAUAAAAAUUAGAAGAUGAUCUAAUAGAUUAUUUAACAAGAAUCAAAUUAAUUAAACCUAAUUUUUUCUUUAGAGCUUUCAGUAAUAUGAAACCUGGAAAAGAUGUAUAUCCAUUUAUGGCUGGUAUAUAAAUAAUAUUGGCUAUUUAUAUAUUUUUAUUUUAUGAUUAAAUGAAAUCAAUGGAUUCACCUUCAAUUUCAGAAUUAUUAAAAUAUAGUUAAUUUUCUGGUCAUAUGGUUGUUGCUUUAUUAUUUUAAAUACUAUGUAUAUUAAUAGAUAGAUAUAUACUAUAAUACAAACCUAAAUCUGCUUAAUAUAGUAUAAUAGAUGUAUUUUUUAAGAGUGGAAAUAAUUUAAAUUAGAAUUAAGCAAUGAUUUAGUAAUUUAAUCAAUCGAAAGAUUAAUUAGAACCUGAAGAAGUUAAAUAAAUUGAAAUUCAAAUGAGAUAAACAGUUGGAGGAGGAUAAAAAUAAGAUGAUAAUAAUCCUCCAAUUAUUAGAAAGGCAAGAUCAUUAUCAUAUUCAGAAAAGAAAUAAAUAGAAUAGAAAUAAGUAGAAUAAGUUGCUUUAAGAUACAAAUAUUAUUUUUAGGUAAUAUUAUUAGUUUCUAUAAAUCUAUAUUUAUUGUAUUAAAUAAGAUAAAGUACUUGUAAUGCAGCUGGAGAAUGUUAAUAUAUUACUUAUAAUAUAUUUAUGAUCCUCUUUUAUAUGUUAAUUUGUUUGUAUUUCUUUUUGUCUUCCAUUCAAAUUAAAUAUGGGAUUAAUGAUCAAAUAGUAAACAAAUAUAUAAUUAUUAUUAUUAGGCAUAAAAUACUUUGAUGAAAGGAUAUAAAUUCCAUAAUUUUGUUAUAUUUAAGAUUUAUAAAUUAAUGCCAUUUUUAUUUGAAUUAAGAACUAUAUGUGAUUGGGCAUUUUCAGAAACUUCAUUAACUUUAUUUUAAUGGAUAAAAUUAGAAGAAAUACAUUCUUUAUUAUAUUUGGCCAAAUGUAAUUCCUAUUUCUUUUCUAAUAAAAAGGUUGGGGCUAAGAUUGCAUUUCAUACUAAAUUUUCAUUAGGAUUCUUAGUAAUUUUAGUAUUAUUAGCUUUAUUAUUUGGUCCAAUAUUUUUAUAUUCUCCAUUAAAUCCAACAUUUUAGAAUGAUAAUUUAAUAGGAGCUAAUAUAGAAGUUGGUUUGAAAAUAAAUAAAACAAAUUAUUUUACAUUAUUUGUUAAUUCACAUGUUAGUGAUAUACAUUAGAUUAGUGAAUAUGAGUGGAAUGCUAAAAAUUUAUCAUAAUAUAAAUUCUUAAAUAAUAUUGAUAAAGAAUCAUUAUAAAUAGUUAAAUUAACUCAUUUUUCAGAUACAUAUUGGGAUAUUAGUUAUCCUAGUUUAUAUUCAUUAUCAGAGAAUUUGAAAAAUGUUAUUGAUAAGAAAGGUGCAUCAACAUUUAAUUUAAUAUAAACAUAUAGAUUUAUGAGAUAAUAUACAGAUUAAACAUCAUAAUUUGUAAGUGAUAAUUAUGAAUUAAAUAUAAAUACAUUGAAAUAGAUAUAUGAAUCAAUAGUAAGUUGUUAAGAGAAUAAAUAAAUGAUGAAUCCAAUUUAAUUAUAAAAAUUUUAUCAUGAUUUUAUUAGAAUAGAUAAAAAUAAAGAUAUAUCUAUAUUAGAUGAAGGAUUGAUGAAUUCAGUAAUGAUAUAAUUAAAUUGUACAGCAAAUGAUUAAUUUUGGUGGUCAAUAUAUUCAGAUUAUAAAUAAUCAGUAGGAAUUAAAUUCUAUAUUGUAAGUGAUAAAUAUUCAAGUGCUUUGUUGGGAUAUUCCAUAUUGGGAUUUUAUAUAACUAUAGUAUAUGUUGCUGGUAAGAUGGCAAGAGGAAUAAUGUCAGGUGGAAUAGAUUUGAUAAUGUUAUAAGAUAUGCCAUAUCCUGAUAAUUUAUUAAAAAUUUGUGAAGCAAUAAUAAUGGCAAGAGUAGAAAAGGAUUUGAUAUAAGAAGAAUUAUUAUACUUUUAAUUAAUAGAUGUAAUAAGAUCACCAUAAUUGAUGAGGAAUAUAUCUGGAAGUUUUGUUGCUUAGAGAUUAUAGAGAUUAGAAAUAGAUAAAUAAUUGUAGAAAAAGAAAUGA